AUGAGUGAUGAUUCUACUAGUAGUAGUAGUAGUCGUGUUACAACACAACAACAACAUGAUGAUAAUGAUACUAUUGGUACUCCAACCACUACUAGUCCUAGUACUACCACUACUAUCAGUACUAUAGAGAAAUUAAAUCCUUCACAACAACAACAACAACAAGUCGAACAGAAAUCUACACCCAAACAUACUGAAAUUGAUGAUUUGUCUGAUGCCGUAGUUGUAGAUCAACAACGAGGAGUAGUGAAUAAGAUUCUUGAAAAGCCAUCCAGUGAUUCUCAUUCUUCAUCCAUCCAUUCAAAGAAUUCGAUCAUUGGUAAGAAGAAGAAGAGAACAACAAGAAAUGAAUCAUUUCUUCAAAACACUUCCAACAAGAAUCAUUCGUUAAAAAAGAAUUCAUUGAAACAACAGAAAAAACCAAUGAAAAGAAAUCAACAACCAUCUCAAAAGAAAAUGAUUGAAGAAUUAAAGACUCUAAGAAAUACUUUAAAGAAGAAUCAAAGACGAAGAAAAUUAUUGAGCAUUUUCCAUCCUACACCAAACUCUCUUCCAAAUUCUCAAGAAUCAUCUAGGAAGAUGAUAGAUUCUACUACAACUCCUCCUUCAUCUCAUGAAGAAUCUGUCAUCAUGAUGAUUCAACCCAGAGCAUCGAUUAGAAUUCCAAUUGUUCAAUCCAUCCAGAAGAAAUUGUGA